AGGAGGGGAUCCGGCAAUCGAAUAAAAGGGGGAAGGGAGGUGCGAUUUCGCGCGUUGACCGGAUUCUCAAAUUAUUGUCGCGACAAUUUUCUCGUCUCCGUUUCAUUUUUUUAUAAAAUUGUGAGAAAAUUUUGUUGAGCUAUAGUGAAAAGUUUUCCGUCCGACAAUUGGUUUAAAUAAAUAAAAAAUAAAAUGUCCGUCAUGGGAAAGCCGGUUCUUUACUCCUAUUGGCGUAGUUCCUGUUCGUGGAGGGUGCGAAUUGCUUUGAAUUUAAAGGAAAUACCGUACGAUAUAAAACCGAUAAGUUUAGUGAAAAGUGGUGGUGAACAACAUAGCAACGAAUUUCGAGAAAUAAAUCCUAUGGAACAGGUGCCUGCCCUUCACAUCGACAAUCAUACAUUAAUUGAAUCUCUGAAUAUUUUGCAAUAUUUGGAAGAAACAAGACCUCAUCGUCCAUUGAUGCCAGCGGAUCCAGUUAAAAGAGCGCGAGUUAGAGAAAUUUGCGAAGUAAUUGCAAGUGGAAUUCAACCACUUCAAAAUUUAGUUGUUCUUAUUUACGUUGGAGAGGAACGUAAAAAAGAAUGGGCACAACAUUGGAUCACUAGAGGAUUUACAGCUGUGGAAAAAUUAUUGUCAUCAAGCGCAGGGAAAUAUUGUGUUGGCGAUGAAAUAACAUUAGCCGAUUGUUGUUUGGUGCCACAAAUAUUUAACGCAAGAAGGUUUCACGUUGAUUUAAGACCAUUUCCAACAAUUUUACGCGUCGAUCGCCAUUUGGAAAAUCAUCCAGCAUUCACUGCUGCACAUCCCAAUAAUCAGCCCGAUUGUCCACCUGAGGCAACCAAGUAGCAAGCAAGGCAGACCACUCUCUUUCUCUUCUAAAAGAAAUUUUUUUUCCUUUUUCUUUUUCUCCUCCAAAAGGAAAAAAAGAAGAGAAAAAAUUUUUUUAGAAACUCACAGAAAGAGAGUGGUCAUAUAUUUUUUUCAUUUUCCGCGGCUCUUUUUUUUUGGGAUAAAAGGUAUAAACAAUUUUCUUUUAUUUUUAUUGAAAAUUAAAUUUAUAAUAAUUCUAAUAAUUACUGCAAAAUUAAUUUUAAUUCUAAAUAAUUAUUACGAAAUUAAUUGAAAUUCUAAUAAAUUAUUAGAAAAUUAAUUAUAAUUCUGAAUAAUUAUUAGAAAAUUAAUUCUAUCAAAAUAAAUAAUUUAAAAAGACUUUUCGAUUGAAAUAGAUUUUAAAAUAGACUUUUUAAAUUAUUUACUAUUAAAAUUUGAACGGUCACUAAAUUCAAGAAUAAUAGAUUAUAAUAAUUAUUACAAAACAAUAAUUUUUUUUUUAAUUUUUACUAUUAAAUUUUUUUGUUCUAUUUAGAAACAUUUUAUUUACAUUUACUAUUUGUAAUUAUUGUCAAUUAAAUUUUAUUUGU